AUGAUUCCAAACCCAUCUCAAGACUCCAACUUACUCAAAGAACACCAAUUCUACGCCAAGACCGAGGUCAGCAUGCCCUUGACAUCGUUGGAUUUGUCAUCCGUCACCAUUGGAGAAGUAGCACACAACGUGGUGACGUUUGAUUCGGAGCACGUGUUUGGCAUCGACAACUUUUUACGUUUGUUCAUAUUGUUGCUGCUUAUAGCCAUAGUUGUCGGCGUCUCGAGAGCAUUUAGGAGGCAUAGAUCCUUUAUCGGUAAGGAAAAGUCGAAGCUGACUAUUGUAUGA